CGCGGCAUCACUUCCUGUCCUCGCUCUUUUCCGCUGAGCUUCUCUCGCCUGUGUGACCCGCGUGUUUACUCACUCCCAGAUGAAGGAGUCGAUAAUGAACCAGGAGAAGCUCGCAAAACUGCAGGCGCAGGUCCGCAUCGGUGGCAAAGGGUCGGCCCGCAGGAAGAAGAAGGUGGUGCACAGGACGGCAACAGCGGACGACAAGAAGUUGCAGUUCUCCCUCAAGAAACUGGGAGUCAACAACAUCUCUGGCAUCGAGGAGGUGAACAUGUUCACGGACCAGGGGACGGUGAUCCACUUUAACAACCCAAAGGUACAGGCCUCCUUGGCGGCCAACACCUUCACGAUCACGGGGCACGCUGAUAACAAGCAACUCACAGAGAUGCUCCCGGGAAUCCUCAACCAGCUGGGAGCCGACAGUCUCACCAGCCUCAGGAGAUUAGCGGAGGCCCUGCCCAGACCAGCCGGAGAGAACAAAGCCCCCAUGGUCGCUGUUGACGAGGAGGAUGAGGAGGAGGAUGAGGUUCCAGAUCUCGUUGAAAACUUUGACGAGGCCUCAAAGGACGAGGCAAAUUAAGAAACGGCAGCAAACACUCUGACACCACAAACACAUUUUGUAAUUGUUCAUCUCUCUGCAAAAAAGUAGCUUUUUUGUUGUAACCUUGACAUUUGGGCUAUAAUUUACUUUUUCUUUUUUUACGGCAACUGUUCACUUUGUUUGAUUUGCCUCGUUCUGGAGUACAAAUGAAAUAAUUUAAUUCAGUGGAAUGUGCAAACCGAUUUUCACCAGCUGCCUCCCCUGCAUUGUGACACACAUCCAUCACGUAUCGGUGGAAUGAUUCAUGGAAUAAACAUUACUCUAACAACAAAAGG